AUGUGGGCUGCUCGCCGUCAUGGCGAUGGAAGUGGUAGCUACUCCACCGAGGUGCAUCAUGUACUUGACUGGUGGCCAUUCUGGGCCGAUGUUGGCAAGCUACGCCAGUACUUCACGCCGGAGACCAAGAUCAUGGUCGCCAUUGGCGGUUGGGGCGAUGUAGCGGGCUUCGAGCGCGCUGCUAAGAGCGAGGAAUCGCGCCAGACGUUCGCUGCCAGCGUCGCUAAGAUGGUCGAAACCACGGGCGCUGAUGGGGUUGACAUUGACUGGGAAUAUCCAGGAGGCAACGGGGACGACUACAAGAAGAUCCCCAACUCUAAGAGAGCAUGGGAGAUCGAAGCAUACCCACUCCUUCUCGCUGAGAUUCGAGACGCGCUUGGCAAGGACAGGCUCAUCUCGGCUGCCGUGCCGGGACUUGAACGGGAUAUGAUGGCUUUCACGCGGCUCACGGUUCCGCGGAUCAUGCGCCAUAUCGACUUCCUCAAUGUGAUGACUUACGAUUUGAUGAACCGACGAGACAAUGUCACCAAACACCACACAGGGAUCGAAAACAGCAUCGAAGCAGUUGACGCGUACGUCGCGAGAGGUGCAGCACCGCAAAGCAUCAACCUGGGCUUCGCCUUCUACACCAAGUUCAUCCGUACGGAGCACGACGACUGCGCGAAUGCCGCGUCUCCUCUGGGCUGCAAGACUCUCCUCCUCGAGGAUCCAGACACCGGGGCCGACCUAGGCCGGACCGGCGGGUUUUCGUAUCAUGAUGAAGUCCCAGAAGAAGUCGCAGAGUCGUGGGCGAGGGCGCAGUGGGCAGGUGUUUACGACGAGGAACAAGGGGGAUACUACUACUGGGAUCCUGAGGAAAACCUGUGGUGGACCUUUGACACCCCAGAGGCGAUACUAAAGAAAUUCCCUGCGAUCGUUGAAAAGAAACGACUCGGGGGAGUGUUUGCAUGGGGACUGGGAGAGGAUGCGCCAGGAUUUGAGCAUCUCGCCGCCGUGGACGAAGGUCUCACCGCGCUAAAAAUUCGUAAGGGACUCAUUCGGGAUGAGCUGUAA